UCGAUUAAGACCUGGUGCGGUGCCCAUCGCUCAUCCUUCUGUGUCUGCUCCUGAGCUGCAGGUAGCACAGCUUUCAACAGCACCUGAGGCAGCACGUGAAGCAGAGCAUGAAAUGGAACUAGUCACAGCUCCUGGUGGAGCACAGGAGCAACUCCCAGCUCCAGCCAGAACACAGGAGGAACUCGCUCUAGAGGAAACCUGUGAGGGAGAACAUGAACAAGACUUAUUGUCCAGCUCCUGUGCAGAGAUGAGUGAUGAAAGCACGGGCUUUGACUGUGACUCGUUGCACAACCCAUUUACAGAGCUCGAAGAUGAGGACGUAUUAGGAUAUGUCCGAGCUGGACAUGCAUCACCUCAAGCUUCUUGUUCAAGCUUAAAUACCUCACUGGAAACCAGUGCCAUCACCUAUGCUCCCUAUGCUGCUGCCACAUCUAGCAGAAGGAUUUCACUGGAUACUGCGAGCACCUCCACUCCUGUGACCCCUACCAGAGGGAUUAUAUUGGUAAGAACUAUCAGGAGGGCUACUGUUUCAUCUCAGACCACAGAGGGAAUGUGCGGCAUGCUUAUAUCAACAGUAACAUAGAAUCUCUCUGUGCCACUACAGUUGGGGAUACAUUCAAACCAUAUAGUUCUUCUUGUCAUUGGAGGAUAUACCAAUCUGUCUUGAGACAUGGCCACUACCUCGAAAUUAAUAACUAAGUGCAGUUAAAUACAACAUAUUGCACACAAUAAAAGAGAAAGGGAGAGCAAGAUGUACCCUGAACACUAAAGGGUUUAUUGUGCCCUUUACGUUUUAGAAGAAAAAUCUUUCAUCACGAGGGUAUGAUGGCGGCU